AUGUCUAUGGACACUGUCCAGGCGACUGGUGCCGGUCAUUCCCAACAUGAUAACAUUCUCUACGAUGACCAGCAAGACAUGGACUCUGACGGCUAUUACACCAAUCAAUCCUAUUAUCCUCCACCCACCGCCGAUGAUGCCCCGAGAUACACUUCACAAGCCGAACAGACUCCCAACACUUCUUCUUCAUAUCAAUCGCCGACCACGACGCUCCCUUAUCACAUCCGAAGUCAAUCGGCUGCUCAUGAUCAAUAUGAUGGUGCACCUAUCCCUCCUCCUCGAACAUCGUCGCAACAGCAAAACUCCCCUCGGACUCCUGUAGCUCCAUCAACUGCUCCUUUGGAAGCACGAGUGGCCGCGACGAGACAGGCACGACAAAAUGCUCUUGACUCACAAGGUGGUCGAGUUCCAAAUCGUGGCGGGGACUACAAUGAGACGCGAGAUCGGCCACGGGAUGACACAGCUACGGCCGCCGCAUCCGCUGCACGUAGCCGAAGAAAAGGUCCUUCAAGUCCCGAUGGUCCACAUCGAGCGGCCAGCACAAGAGAACGAGGCCAACAUACUGCUCCUACACAAAGUCGAUCUGACGCCACCAUGUUUCCAUCGACGGCCGCGGCGCCACUCGUGCGUGAGUACAGCGAUGUCAUCAAUCGAGUGGUUGUAUCCGAUCCCCAAGUUGACGCCGAGAGAGCGCAAGCGAGAGCCGCUGAAGCGCAACCUGCACCUAUCGGAGCAGAUGCUGAAGAUGUCGGAGCAGAACUUCUCCCGGCCCCAGGUCCCGCUCGUCGGCAGGAUUAUUCCAAGUCUCGCCGAAAAGAUGUACAGUUUGGUGAUUACAUGCUUGGACAGACCCUCGGCGAGGGCGAAUUUGGCAAAGUCAAGUUGGGUUGGAAGAAAGAUGGAAGUACCCAAGUGGCCAUCAAGCUCAUUCGGAGGGAGACUGUUGCUUCCAAUCCUUCGAGACUUCCCAAAAUCUAUCGUGAGAUCUCUAUCUUGCGCGACUUGGCACACCCCAACAUUGUCAGACUCCACGAAAUGGUGGAAACGGAGCGCCACAUUGGCAUCAUUUUGGAAUAUGCUUCAGGUGGUGAGCUAUUCGAUUACAUCUUAAAUCAUCGGUAUCUGAAGGACCCUGCCGCCCGAAGAUUGUUUGCUCAGUUGGUUUCUGGUGUUGGGUACCUUCACAAGAAAGGAAUUGUCCACCGAGAUCUCAAAUUGGAAAAUCUGCUUCUGGACCAAAAUCGGAACAUCAUCAUCACUGAUUUUGGAUUUGCCAACACUUUUGAUCCGAAAGACGAACUCUCCGAUGAAAUCAUUUACAACCUGGGCAACAAAGAGUUUGUCCGAAAAUUCAAACUUGAUCGAAUGGAUGCUCGUGGUAUGCGAAGAGGUGACUUGAUGCAAACCAGUUGCGGUAGUCCUUGCUAUGCCGCUCCUGAAUUGGUGGUGAGCGACUCAUUAUACACCGGUAAGAAGGUUGACGUCUGGAGUUGUGGUGUAAUUUUGUAUGCCAUGCUGGCAGGAUACUUACCGUUCGACGACGACCCCGCAAACCCUGAGGGCGACAACAUUAACCUUCUCUACAAAUACAUCACCACGACGCCUUUGACCUUCCCAGAAUAUGUCACCCCACAUGCAAGAGACCUUCUCCGUCGUAUUCUCGUCCCGGAUCCCCGAAAGCGUGCCGAUUUGUUUGAGGUGGCUCGUCAUAGUUGGUUGAGUGAGUAUCAUCAUGUGGUUUCGCACAUCACUAGUAGUACCACCAAUGUCACGGAUAUUGCAUAUACGACUGUUCCAUCUGAAGAAGAAGAGGAAGAAGAAGAAGAUCCUGUGAUCAAUAGAAGCGCCUCCGUACGUGAAGGACCAACCAGAUCUGGCGGAGCUUCUCCUGGUGCUCUUGUUCGUACACCAAAGGGGCUAUUGCAGGAAGAUGAAGGUUCUGCCGGAUCACGUCGUGACCGCUCGACGCGCCACACUCUUCAGCCAGAGUAUGUCGCUCCUCAAACACACACAGCCCGUGGACAAAGUUCGGUGGCGGCAGCAACAUCAAUCCCCGCUCCUCCCGUGAGCCACAGCCGGCCCGAAGAGGCACCCCAGGUUGUCACGUCAACACAACCUCCAUCUCUAUCGAAACCAUUGCCGCAAGAGCCACCGGCGGAAAGCAGAAGCGACAGAGCUCUUGUGUCAUCGACACAGCAGAAGAUGCCACCUCCUGUACGCCCUGCUCGUGAUAUUCCGAGAUCCGUUUCAGACUCGACGAGUGCUUUUGGCACAGCACCAGCUCCCAAUGUCACAAGACCAAGUACUCGAGGGUCGAUGGCCUCUGCGAGCGGACCUACCAACACCAGAUCGGAUCUUCGUCUGCCAUCUCGUGGAUCUUAUGGACAGCCUGUAGCUCCAACGGUUGCCGCCACCAACGUCCAGGGUCGGGUCACUCAACCGACCAAACCUAGUCGAGGAUACAACAUUUCAGGCCCCCUUCCCCCGGCUGGUGCACAGAAUUCGAUCGGACAACCCAUGACAACACCAAUGCCACCGCCCAGCUCACAUCAAUCACAAAAAGCUACUCAUCACCGACGAUCGAGUACGUUAAGUGGACUAGGCGAGCGACUGUUUGGCAGAUCGAACUCGGUGGUGAAGAAGGACCCCGAGCGACAGAAGAAUGGACGCAAGUAUCCGCCCACUAGCAUGAAGGAAUACCCUCCCGAGGCUCAAUCGCGCAUGUCGACGGAUUCCAAACGAUCCUUCUCGUUUGGCUUGGGCAAGAAGAAGAGUACAGAUUUGGAAAAUCACGUGCAAGGAGAGAAACCGGUACGACGAUUUUCACUUAUUCCUAAUUCGAUGACGUUCAAAGGUCUGAUGGGGAGUGCCAAGGACGAGACAUCAUCCUCGAAACCGGGAACUCCACAAGGAGAACGAUAUAUUCAGCCCGUUUCUAGUCGUCCAGUGACUGGCCAGGAAUAUGUCAGUCAACCGAUGUCCGGUUCGGAUGGUCAGUAUGAUGGAUCGAGACCCGUGAAGUACAACAAUUUCUCUCGACCUCCUCAGACACAGUACCAGAGAGCAGUGACAACACAGGUCACCAACGAUGUGUACGGAGGCACCGCAGUGUACAGUCCGCCGGUCCAAGGACGUGUUCCCCACCAACGCCAACAGAGCGAGCUGAUGACAGAUAUGGUACAAUACGCCGACGCUGGAGAUAUCAUGGGUCGACCAUCAAUGCAGCAAGGACGACAAGGUCGCGGCGUUCUCGUGAAGAACAAUCGCAAGUUCUCCGAAGCGUACGAGCAUGAACAAGGACCCACUCACCAUGGAGGACGAUCAGGAGCCGUGAAGAAGGUGCAGGAUUUCUUCCGUCGACGUCGAGCUCCAACAGAUGGUUGA